AUGCAACCCCCUCUGCCCUCCGCCACCGCUACAUGGCGCAACGACACCUACGAUGCUAUCUCCCCUUCUCGCCCGGAGCUGAGCGCGGCGGGGAAGACCGUCAUCGUGGCAGGUGCGGGUAGUGGAAUUGGCCGAGAGACUGCCCUAGCGUUCGCCGCUGCCGGGGCGGCCCGAGUCAUUCUCCUCGGUCGCUCAGAGGGUGCCCUCCGCGCCACCGCAGCCUCGCUGCCGUCGUCUGUCCCCUCCGAGGUCUUCGUGGCCGACAUCACGAGCGAGGAGACGUUGGUCAAGGUCGCGGCGGCGAUCGGCAGGUGGGACGUCCUCGUCCUGGCCUCUGGCUACACCUCGCCCCCGUCGCCCAUCGCGGGGUCCUCCACCGACGAAUGGUGGCAGAACUUCGAGACAAACACCAAGGGCACGUACCUCGUGACCAAGUCGUUCCUGUCCACGACGAACCCCUCGCACGCCGCCGUCGUCGCUUUGACGAGCGGAACCACCGCGCUGCCGGUGUCGAUGUUGCCCGGUCUGUCCCCUUACAUGGCCUCCAAGCUGGCGCAGACCAAAAUCAUCGAGUUCCUCGCCGCGGAGAACCCGAACCUGUUCGCGGUUACGCUGCACCCGGGCAUGGUCGAGACGGACAUCUUCAAGAAGAGCGGUGCCAAGGCCGAAGCCCUGCCCAUGGAUAAAGUUCAACUCCCCGCCCACUUCACCGUGUGGUUGACCAGUUCGGAAGCAGCCUUCCUCAACGGACGCUCGGUAUGGGCCAACUGGGACGUAGAGGAGCUCAAGAAGAGCGCCGAGACCAUCCAAUCGGGCACGCUGUACACCAGCGGGAUUAACGGAUUUCCCUUCUCUCCUCCGGCUUGA